GUGCUUUCUUCCCAUUGGGAACUAAUCGGCAAGAGUAAUAUAAAUUGAAGGACCAGGCAAGUAUGUUUAAGGAUUCUACAAUCUGGUUAGCGAGCAGUGUAGUGUUCUCAGCACUCUUUUCUUCAACAUUUUCCGUUACUAUGAAACAAUUUGAAGCAUCAUUGGAAAUGAUGCGAUCUGGAUGUGCUCCAAAAUUUAAGGUCACUACAGAACAACUGGAUGACAUGAGAAAUGGAAAAUUCAUUGAAAACAACAUGGAUAUAAAGUGUUAUACUAAAUGCAUCGGCCAACUGGCGGGAACUCUAACAAAGAAGGGCGAAUUCAGCAUUCAAAAGGCUCUUGCCCAAAUACCCAUUAUUUUACCACCAGAAAUGCAGGAAUCUGCAAAAUCUUCACUUGAGAAAUGUAAAGAUAUUCAAAAAGGCUACACAGAUUCAUGCGACAAAGUUUUCUAUGUGACGAAAUGUGUCCAUGACGCUGAUCCACCGAGUUUUAAAUUCCCGUAAAACUUUAUUUAUGUCGACAUACACACAACCUUACCUACACAUUUAAUAAAAAAAAAAUUCUAGUAAACAUUAGAAAAGCUACUUACUUUGGGUACCUGUUUUUUCUUUUCCAGAUGUCUAUAAUUAAAAAAAAAAAAGAAAUCAGGAUUAAGGAAUUUACAUCGCAAUUCAAAGAUGCGUAUUAUACCUGUUGCAAAUCUUCUGAUUUCUUUUGUUGAGCUUCAAUCUCUGCAGUUUUGAUGACAUCUUCAAUAAAUUUCGACAGCACCUCCA